AUGGGGGGAGGCGAGCGGGGAGGGGAAGGGGGGGCGGAAGAGAGCGGGGACCCCCCCGCCAACCCCACUCCGAUUUCUGGCUGGCCGAAUUCACGUACACACACACACCACACCCCCAUCGAGCGGGCCGGACUAACUCCCUUCGAGCCCGGUCGCCUUCUCGCUCUGCCCCGAGCUGACGCUAGCCGCCCCCGACACUGGGCGGAAACUGAAACUAAAAGGCCCCGCGGGUGCAGGUGGAGGGCGGGCGGGGGCGGGCGGCAACGGGCCGGCUUCACAAUACAGCCACUCUCCCAAGGCUCCAUAUUGAGAAGGCCCCCGCCCGCCUGCCUGCACGCGCACCAGAGGUCUUCGCCGGCCCCCACCCUCCAGCGGUUGCGCGCGCAUCACAGGUCUCCGUUGACCCCUCCCCCGCCCGCCGCCUCGAGCGGUUGCGCGCGCAUCACAGGUCUCCGCCGGCCCCUCCCCCGCCCGCCGCCUCGAGCGGUUGCGCGCGCAUCACAGGUCUUCGCCGCCCCUCCCCCCUCACCGCCUCGAGCGGUUGCGCGCGCACCUCGGGAGCUGGGCGGACCCCGGGUGAGGCGGGGAUGGGGAAGGGGCACCGAGGGCUCCUCCUCCCCGGUCACGCCCUGCGAGAGACCUUGCCCAGAAAAUUCGUCGAACGGCUACGCAGUUGGCAUUUCCCACUCAACCGUCGUCCCCAAAACCGCCCGGAAGGAUCUGGCCCCGGCAUGUGGUGCCGUUGCCUUCUCCACCCCUCCCGUCUCUCUCCUCCCGCCGUCAAGGGCCUCUCCCACCCACUCCCCUUGGAGAAGGGCCACAGGGAACUGAACCAGGGAAAGGGAAGCCGGGAACGUGUGUACGGUGGGGAUACAGGUAUAGGGGGAGAGGGGCUGUCCCCAUAGGUCGGGGUACUAGGGCCCACCCCUGUCCCGCCAGCUUUUCCCUAUAAGGACAUUUCCAACUCAAUAAAAUUCCUCUUGUGUAGCUGUUA